AUGACUGGUUUAUUAAAAAUUGUCAAUCCAAUAUCACGAAGUACUUAUUUAAACAUUGUAAGUAUUAUUUAAAUUUUAAUAUAAGUAGCUACUUGUUAAUAAUCAUCACAAUAUAAUUUCUAUGUAUCUAUACAAUUAUAUAUAUAUAUAUAUAUGCAUAAAAAAUAUAGGUUCUUUAAUUAUUAAUUUCCUUUAUAAUUUUUAAAUAAGAUGAAAGAAUUAAAAAAAAUCAAUAAUCUCAAGCUAGAUUUAAAUACCUAAUUGGUAGACUAAUAAAAUAAUCUAUUAUAAUACAUAAUAGCUUAUUUAGUAAUGAAACUUUAACCUUAAAAUAUUUAAUUACAUUACCACACCUUUAUUUAUAAAGCAUACAAAAUAUCUACAAAUUGUAUCUUACCUUUAAAUUUGUGUACAUUUCCUCCUGGCUUAAUAAGAUAUAUUAAAUAUAUAUUUUUAUAUUUCUAGUAUUUUUAGUUUUGAAAAUGUAUGGAUUUUAACUUUUUGUAGUAAUUAUGUUUCUAUAUUCGUCAAAGUUACACAAUAUUGCAUAACAUUGCAGCAUGUUAUAAACAAAAUAAUAACAUAUUUGAUAAAAUAAAAGGUACUUAUUUUAUGUUUUGAUAUUAAAAAAACAAGUUUAAAAUUUUUAAAUAUUCUGUUAUUAUGUUAAUAUAUAUUAAAUAAAUUAUAUAAUUAUAAGUCAAUAGUGAAAAUCUAUUAAGUCAUUGAGAAGAAAGUGAAAGUACCUACUACCUAUGAUCCUUUAAAUCUUAGUUAUUUUUUCAUUAACUUUGAAAAUAUGUAAUUAUAAUAACAUGGAACUUAAUAACCUAUUACAUUUAAAAAUAAUUUGUAUUAAAGUCUAUAUUUGUUUUAAAUAAUUAUGCUUGUGGAUGUUGAAUUUAGAUCCUAGGUAUAUAAUAUAAUAUACAUUAUAACCUUUAGGUUAUACCUAACUUAACCAGUUGCCUAAUAAAUAUUAUAUAAUUAGUUAUCCUUAAUAUAUAAUAUGUUACAACUGUCGAAAUUUUGAACUUACCCAUCCCAAGCACAAGCCUUGCUUUUUGGAGCCUGUCAUUUUCUUAUAUGUUGUUCUGAAAAAAAUUAGUUUAACUUUAUGUUUAUUGUAUAUUUAACCUAAACUUUAUAUGUUAUAAUUACAUAUUAUAUUAUUAUUAUUAAAAUAUGAAUGUGUAUUCACUAAACCAGUUAUAAUUAUUGAUAUAAUUGUGUAACAAAGAUACAUAGUAUACAAUACUAAAGUGUUUAUGCAUUCAUUAAAGCGGAUCUAAUGAUCUAAAAAUAUUUUACUUUUUAGUAGUUACGUUUAAAUCUUGAUUAAAAAAAUAUAAAUAUUCAUAUUUAAGUUUCCUAUAUGUGAGGAAAGUGUGGAGAACGGGUUAAGUGGAAGUUUAGGACGAGGGUUGCUGACUCCAGUCAGUUGGGAUGAAGGCGAAGAAAAAGAAAAAGAAAUUUAAAUUUCUUUAAUUAAAAACCAUUAAAAACUUAUUAAUUACUUUUAUUUUUAUUUUCAGAAUAAUUGGAGCCGUCCAUUUAUUUGCACAAGAAAUAUACACCAAACUCAACACUAUUCUUCUAAAACAGCAGUAAAUAUAUUUUGAAAUUAAAAUACUUGAUUUUUGUUUUUCUUAGUAUAUUUUAUAAGUAUUAAUACUUAUUAACUGACAGUUAACAGUUAUCGGUAUAGUUGUUGAACAUUAAUUUUAUUGAUAUAAAUUUUAGGGAACUAGUGCAUAUUCUGUAAUUGAUCAUGAAUAUGAUGCUGUUGUGGUUGGUGCUGGAGGGGCUGGUCUUCGUGCUGCUUUUGGAUUAGUCCAAGAAGGUUUUAAAACAGCAGUUAUUACUAAACUUUUUCCAACUCGAUCUCAUACAGUUGCUGCUCAAGGUGGAAUAAAUGCAGCUUUAGGGAAUAUGGAAGAUGAUGAUUGGCGAUGGCAUAUGUAUAUAUAAGUCAUUUUAAUUUUACAGUCUUUAUAAAAUAUUUAUUGAUUCUAGGACACAUACUUUAGUUUAUUAUUAAUAUUAAUUAUAAAAAGAUAAAUAUAGAUUUGAUCUGAUUGGAUUUGAAUUUGGUAAAAUUUAAUAGUAUUAAAAUUUGUAAAUGUACCUAUUACCUACACAUUUUUUUGAAUAUUUGAUUUAAAACUAACUUAUUUUGUUUUUAUUUCAGGUUUGAUACUGUUAAAGGAUCAGAUUGGUUAGGUGAUCAAGAUGCUAUACAUUACUUAACUAGAGAAGCUCCUGCUGCAGUCAUUGAAUUAGAAAAUUAUGGUAAAUUAAAAUAAUAUAUUAAAUUAGCUUCAAUUUUAAAAUACCUGAAACUUUAAAAUGGUAUGUAUUAAAAAAAAAAUGAAUAUAGAAAUACUAUAUUUUAAGAAUUUUGAAAUUUUUAAACUAGUAGUAUUACUGGAAUGUAUUAUAAUAUUAUUAACUUCAGUUUAUCUCUUUAUAAUUAUAGUGCCAAGCAGGCUUCUAUAAAAUCUUAUAUUAUUCAAUAUUGUAACGUUCCAGAGUCUGAGCCCAGUAAAGUUGUGCACCAGUUAAAAUAAGUAUUGUUUUUGAGUUUGAGGUUAUGAUGGAAUAUUCGUGAUGUCUAGUUCAGGAAUUGCUGAAUCAGAAAUAUUUAAUAUAUAUUCAUGGGACACUCUGUAUAUAGUACAUUAAUAUCUGAAAAAUUGAAUAUAUGCUGUUGAGGAUCCAACAUCAUCACAAAACCAAUUUUUUAACUUUCAUUUUCUGAUGCUUACACUUCAAUUUUUGAUUUAGAAUAUAAAAAUUGAUAUUAAUUUUAUUUCUUUGUGGAAAAAUGGAGCAGGACUCCAUUAGUAUUAGUGUCAAAAGGAAUAUGCUAUUUCUGUUAAGUUCUGGAUUUCAUGUUUUGUUGUUUUUGAUACCAAAUUUGCUUACAAAUGAUUUCUACUAAAUAAUUAUACAAUACACAAUUAAGAAUUAAUAGAUUUUUGUUAUUUUAAUGUACAACUAGAGAGAGCUAAUUACUAUUAAUUAUAAAAACUUAAUUAACUUUUAGAAUAUAAUAAAUUGGUAGUUAUGACUUAUUUACUCAUGCUUAUAUUUUAGGAAUUUUGUAUUAUAAUAAUUAGAGUACACAAAUUAUUGUACCUGUUAUUUAAAUAAAAUAAUACAAGUGUUCAAAAAUAAAAUAGUUUAAAUUUUGAAGUUUGUGGAUUCUUUUGUGUAUUGUUAUAAUUGCAGUAAUUUUUUAAAUUGUAUUAUAGGUAUGCCUUUUAGUCGUACUGAUGAAGGCAAAAUAUAUCAGCGUGCAUUUGGUGGUCAAAGCUUAAAAUAUGGAAAAGGUGGCCAGGCUCAUCGAACAUGUUGUGUAGCAGAUAGAACGGGUCAUUCUCUCUUGCAUACGUUGUAUGGAUAUUCUUUAAAAUUUAAUUGCAACUAUUUCGUGGAAUAUUUUGCUUUGGAUCUAAUAAUGGAUAAAGGUGAAUGUGUUGGAGUAAUCGCUUUAUGCUUGGAAGAUGGGACUAUUCAUCGCUUUAGAGCUAAAAAUACUGUUAGUAUUUUUUUUUUCUUAACUAUAAUAUUUUAUUUGAUAUAAUUAUGGUUUUUAUUUUUGUAUAGGUUUUAGCUACUGGUGGUUAUGCUAGAGCCUAUUUUUCGUGUACAGCUGCUCAUACAUGUACUGGUGAUGGCCAAGCUUUAGCAUCUAGAGCUGGCAUUCCAAUGCAAGAUAUGGAGUUUGUACAAUUUCACCCUACUGGUAUUUAUGGUGCUGGAUGUUUAAUGACAGAAGGUUGUCGAGGUGAAGGGGGAUAUUUAAUUAAUGGUUUGGGUGAAAGAUUUAUGGAAAAAUAUGCGCCUAAUGCUAAAGAAUUGGCAUCAAGAGAUGUUGUAUCUAGAUCAAUGACUAUUGAAAUCAUGGAAGGAAGGUAAGUACUUUAGUUUUAAAUAUUUAAACACUGAUAAUCAGAAUUAAUAACUAUAACAGUUAGUGAUAAUAUUAUAAUAAAAAUACAUAUUAUUAAGUAAAUAUUAAAUACAUAGUUUAUUAAAAUAUUGUAUCUAAAAACCGGAAUUAUAUAAAUUAGCAUGUUUAUAUUGAGUGUAUGCAUCAAUAUGAGAGUUUGAAAUUUCGGAGUUUGAAAUGGAACUGAUUUUAUAGAGAUCAAAUUUUAUUUUGCAUAUAAUUCCAUAUUUUUAGGGUUGGGAUAUAUUUUGUAAAAUCUUGGUAAAGAAUCAAAUUAUUUCAUUUCUUCAUUUGGAAAUUAAAAUUUUUAUCUACUCCCAAAAAAUAUUUAAUUUUGUCAACACGAUAUAGAUUAUAGAAGAUCAUCUUAAGUACCGUGUUAUCAAUAUUGAUAAACUAUUAAAUAAUAAUCAAAAAUUAUUAAAAAACAUAAUUAUAAAUGUACUAGAUAGUUGACUGAUUCUUAUGAAUGAGUUCUUCUGCCAUUUGCUUUGUGGGUAUUGUUUAUAUUUUGCUUUAUGUGAUAACUGAAGUUGUGGGCUGUGAAGAACUUUUAAUUGUAAUAUUUAAAAGUGAGAUUGUGGGCUAUUGCUGUAAAUUAGGUAAAUUUGACUUGUUUAUUGUUAUAAAUAUUAUUUGUUAUUAUUAUUAUUAUCAGUGUCAGUAUUAUCAUUAGGUACCUAUGUGCUAACAGAUGUAAACAAAUCCCAUACUGCACAAUAUGACACUUGACUUCAAUGCACUGGGCAUCUGAAAAUUUGGUCUCCCCACAGCUAAAUUGUUCCAACAAAUUUGUAAGUUAUAGCAUUAUAAUUGUAAGUAAAUGUAAGUUUAUUCCUGGAAUUUGUAAGUUAGCUUUAACUAAGUUAUUAAACAAAUUACAUUUUGGGCCACAUUAUAUUUAAUAUAAACACUAAACAUCAAACAGGAAAAACAAAACAUAUACUCAUAUAAAGAACGCAUUAUAUAAUGACUGGAUGGGGAAAAUAUCUGUAAUCUCUUAAUACUAAUAAAUUGGUAUUCACGCCAAUAGUCACAUUCCGUUAACAACUUUCUAUUGGAAUCAACUUUAUUAUACAUAAAUGUGGAACUGAUACAAAAAAUUGCAGCUGUAAACUAAUUAAAAUAGUAUUAUUAUUCAAAUAUGUAGGAGUGAUUAUAGAUUUGAACCUGAAAUGGUCACAACAUAUUCAGAAUAUCAAAACUAAAAUGAGAAGCUAAACUGUUUUAUUCUACAAAAUUUGUUUUCUUGAUCAAUCAAUUAUAAGACUAAUUUACAUGGCACUGUGUAAUUCAGUAUUAUUAUAUGGCAUAAAAUGCUGGAGAGGCACUUAUAGAAAUGACAUUAAUUCAUUGCACACUACUCAAAAAAUUAUUGUAAAAGUAGCGUACUCCCUUCUAUUAAAAUUCUAAACAGGGGAAUUAUUCAACUAUAAAAAUAUCUUAUUUAUUUAUAAAUAUAAUAGACUGAAGAACGUUAAAAUACAUUAAACCGCCAUUUAAAUUAUUAACUUGCACAAGAACCCUUCCCCUAUUGCAAGGGUAAAACUAUGUUUAACAAUUUAAAAAAGCCAUGUAAAGAGUGUAAUAAAAAUGUUAUACGAAAGUCAAUCUAAUGACCCAAUGACUCAAUCAAUACUAAUGAUAUAAUUAAUAAAUAAAAUAGUUAAUGAACUUGAUGAGAAUGUGUGUAUUAAUCAAAUAAUAAAUAAUCAAUAUGUUUAAAACUAAUAUCUUUUCUUAUCUAAUGCUGAUUCAUUUCAAACUUAAAUUAUGUUACUUUUAUUUAAUUAAAUUGUAUUUUUAAUUUUAUAAAUAUCUACUAUAUCAAUAAUAAUUAUAUAUUGAAUAAUAUUGAUGAACUCCGUGUACCAGGUACAAGCUUUGGCUCAGUUGGUAUACAUAUCAGCUAUUAUUAUUAAUAAAUUUUAUUUAUAGAUGGUUUGAAUAACACUGAUUUUUGAAGUAAGUAUGUAAGAUAAAAAAGAAAAAAGAGAACUGGGUUCUUUUUUUUAUAAAAAUAAAGAUAGAAUGGUCUUUAUAUAAUAAUCAAUCCCUUACUAGGGUAUUUAUUUUUUUUUAAAUAAUAUUUAUCACAUUGUAUACUAGAUAUCAGAAAAAAAUAUGUGUUGUCGUUAAAAAUCCAAAUACUAAAAAAAUAUUUGCGUCAUGAUAGGUACUCCUUGAAAAUAUUUCAUCAUCGUUAUUUAUUACUUUUUCAUGUAAUAAAAAUUUAGUAUGUAUUUUAGCUAAUUACAGUUUUUUAAUAAUAUAAUAAUUUUCUGUUGAUACACUUAAGUUAAAUUAAUACAAAACUUAAUAAAGAACUUCUUUAGCCCACUAUUAUUUUAUGUAUAAACCUAAUAAAUACAAUACCUUAUUACUUGCUUAUAAUUUGUCUGAAUCGAUUUGGCCGUGGGUACUGCUAUUCAAAACCUAAUUUGUUCAAUAACUUAGGGCUAAUUUACAAAUUCUGGAAAUAAUUUUAUAUUUACUUACAUAUAAGGGCUAUAACUUAUAACCCUUAUAUGUAAGUAAUGGGGGCCAAUUAUACAAACGUACACACUGGCUGUGUAGGGAAGUUGGCAUUCUAGUAGUUCUGUGUAUCUGUUGAAAAUAAACUUCUUAAGGUUACAUACAAAUUUAGUAUUCAUUUGUUGCCUACACUGAACAUUUGAACUGUUGUCUUAUUAAUUAUUGUGAACUAUGGAUGUGUUUUAAUCAUAACUGACAAUUAUAUAAUAUAAUUUAAUUUUUUUUAAGUAGUAUAAAUUUAUUGGUAUAUUACCACAUAUUUUGUAAUUGUUAGUGCAUACAAUUGUAUAUUUAAGAACAAUACCAUAAAACUGGUUUUUGAAAACAGUCGGUAUCCAAUCCCCAUAAAAGGUCUUUAUCCUCAGUGUUUAGAGCAGAAUAAUUCAGAUGUUUAUCCUAAUUUCUAUUGCAGUACAUCAACAUUUUCAGGAAAAUCAUCUGAUUGACAAUUUGCAUUGAAACAUGUGGGUUCUCAUUUAAAAAACCAAAGUUGGUAUCACUAUAGGUAUCGUCACUCCUUAAAUGUUAUGAAAAAUCUAAGUAUGCAAAAUUAUUGUCUUUUGCUACUUAAAAAUUUGAAUUUAUGCAUAAUUUGAGCAUGCUUAAAAACACUUUGUAUACAUAAAGUCUUCCUGGAUUUUAAACUAAAAUUCUUACAAGAAUGAUGUGUCAUUAUUAAAUACUAUUAUAGUAAAUCGAAAAUACCUAAAAAUCAGUUUAUAUAAAUUAAUGUCAUUAGUCAAAUUAACAUGAACACAGUACUGGCACUAGGGGAGGAUAAAAGAGACAUAAGGCCAGAGCCCUGUGCUUGUUUUGGUUUGAAUAGGCACUGUGGUAUAUAAUUAUAUAGGUAUAUAAUCAUUAGUUAUACUAAAGCAAAACCUAGCGCCACUGCUGCAUGAACAUGUAUUGUUAUUUUUAAAUUAUAAAAAUCAGUGUGCCACGUGUGUGAACAUUGUUUAUUUGUAGUGCUGUUGUCAUUCUAAAUUUCCAAAAAGAAAAACUAAUAAUAUGAAAAUAAACUUGUUAUUAUUUUUAAAUACAGUGAAACCUCCCUUAACAGACAUCUCUAAGUAGCGGACAAUUUUUCUGGAAGGGGGACAUUUUCACCACUUUUAUAUAGGAAAACCUCUAAAUACCGGACACUCUUAAUAAUGGACACUUUUAUGACAAUUUUAUGACAAAUCAAGGUCUUAAACAAGCUAAAGUAACUGACUUUUUCAAUAAAUGUUUUUUUUAUCUUAAAGUAAUUUUUAUUUAUAUUUUCAUUAAUAUUUUUACAUACAUAAUAAUAACAUUAUUUUAAAUAAUAUGUACAAUAUUAAUAUUUGUUUUAAAAUAAUACAAAUAUACAUAUUACAUGUAUAAAUGUUGUACAUAGUUAUUAAUUAUAAUAUAGUGAAUACCUCUAAAUAACUGACAAAAAAGACGGCAACCAAGAGUGCCUGAUAUUUAGAAGUUUCACUGUAUUAAUAUAUGUUGAGUAUUGGGUAGUGCAUAAAAAAAAAAAAAAAUGUGUGUGCAAAACUACAAAUUUAUUAUUAAUUAUUUUUCAUUUAAUGAUUCAAAUAACUCUGACUGAAAUAUCACAUGCUUAUUGUAUUGUAUGUUAUAUAUUUUAAGUUUUGAUUAUCAAAUAAUUAAUUUUUGUAGAGGAUGUGGCCCUGAAAAAGAUCAUGUAUAUCUCCAAUUGCAUCACUUACCAGCUGAACAAUUACAUGCUAGAUUACCUGGUAUUUCAGAAACUGCUAUGAUAUUUGCUGGAGUCGAUGUUACUAAAGAGCCUAUACCAGUAUUGCCAACUGUUCAUUACAAUAUGGGGGGUGUACCAACAAACUACAGAGGACAGGUUGAAUUAUUAUUUAAACUUAUUUUACUAUAAUUUGUGUAUAUAUUACUUAUUGCUCUUCAUUGUUAAUUUAAUUAAUUUAUAUAGGUUAUUAAUCCUGUGAAUGGAGAAGAUAAAGUUGUUCCAGGAUUGUAUGCUUGUGGUGAAGUAGCAUGUACAUCUGUUCAUGGAGCUAACCGUCUUGGUGCUAAUUCAUUACUAGAAUUAGUGGUAUUUGGAAGAUCUUGUGCUUUAGAUAUUGCUAAAAAUAAUAAGCCAGGAGAUAAAAUACCACAAAUUAAUGAAGUGUGUAAUUGUAUAUUAUUUUUAUAAUUAAAUAUUAAAAGUAAGUAUUAGAAAUAAUAUAUGUAUAAUUUUUUUGAAGAAUGCUGGUGAAGAAUCGGUUGCUAACAUUGACAAAUUACGUUUUAAUAAUGGGACAAUACCUACUGCAGAUUUACGUUUGGAUAUGCAAAAAAAUAUGCAACUUUAUGCGGCUGUAUUUAGAACUGGUGAAACUUUAGAUGAAGGUUGUAAAAGAUUGCAAGCUAUUUAUUCAAAACUAAAAUAUAUCAAAGUAAGAAAAAAAUGUUUAUAUAUUAGUUUAAAAUAAAUUAAUGUACUUAUCAAUAAUAAUACAAUUUAGAAGUUGCAGCAAAUCAUAAAUAUUCAAUAAAUAUAAUUGAUCAAUACUGUUAUUAUUAUUAUUAUUAUUUUUGACAUAAAAUUGGAAAGUCAUCAUUUUAUAAAUACUAGUACUAGUAAAUCAAGUUAAUAAAAGUUAUAAAAUCAAGUUAUAAAACAAGUUUUAUAUAAGUUUCAUUUUUUUUAAUAUAAUAAUAUUCACCUUAUAAUACAUGUUAAACUUGAUCUAUUUAGGUUAAUAUUUUGUUAUAUAUAUAUUAUUAUUGUUUUAUAACUAGGGCCCAGAAUUAUAUGCAUUAAAAACGUACGAAAAAUAUGCAUACAUGUGUGCACUGAUUAUCAUUAAAAUAUGCAAACAAAAAUGAUUACAACUAGUCCCGACUGAAUUAUCUUUAUCUAUAAGUGAUUAGAUAAUAUAAGAAAACAAAUUUGUAUGAAUCAUAGGUAUAUGUGGGUAAAACCAAUAGAUGUGUUUGAAACACUUAGAUAUUCGACUAUAAUGCAAUGAAAAAUUGUAAAAUACAGAUAUAUGUAGUACACAUUAAAAAUAUGCUAAAUAAAACUUUAUAUUUCGAGUCUAUUAAUUAUAAUUCAAACUUGUAGCUCAUUUAAUUACUUUUUGGGCUGUUCAAAAAAACAUGCAAAUGCAUAUAAAUCUGGGCCCUAGUUAUAUCUAUUAAAUCAAGAAAAAUUUGGUUAGUAAAAUUAUCUUAUGAUAAAAUAGUUUUAAUAACUUCUACCUUUAAAAAACUUGACAAGUAAACAUUUGGUUUAUCCAAAAUAAUAAAAACCUCUUAAACAUAUAUUUAAUAAAUCUACCUUUUUUCUACUUUAAAUGUGUAGUCUUACUAAAAAAUAACAGUUCUUUAAAAUAAUCUUAGUGUCUUAUGCACAUUAAAUAACUAAUUUUAUUUAUUUCAACUUGUAAUUUUAAUAUAUCACACAUAUUUUUAUAGUAAUUCAAGUUGAUGUAAAGGUUUGAUAAACUUCAUAUUCUAAAAAAUGUUAUUAUAUAGAUUAACGAUCGAUCAAUGGUUUGGAAUUCGGAUUUAGUUGAAUCGUUGGAAUUACAAAAUUUAAUGAUUACUGCGCAACAAACAAUUGUAUCUGCCUCAGUACGAAAAGAAUCAAGAGGUGCACAUGCACGAGAUGAUUUCAAAGUAAGGUUUCUUUAAUGGUAUUUUUUCACUUUGGUUUAAUUUAUAUACACAUAUAAUAUAUUUAUAUUUUUGUUUUUAUAGGAUCGUGUUGAUGAAUUUGAUUAUAAAAAACCAUUAGAUGGACAAACAGUGAAACCAAUUGAAGAACACUGGAGGAAGCAUACUCUUGCACACAUCAAUCCUGAUUCGGGAGAGGUUUGUAGAAUAUAAGCGUAAUAAAAACUUAAAUCUGUGUAUAGUAUUGCUGUAGUACAAAGAUUUAUUAUUUAUAAAAAAUUGGUGGAAAAUAAAAUGAAUUCAAUGCUUGAUUAGCAAACAACCUAGGAGCUCAUACAUAGCGUAUAUUAUAUGUGUUUCUAGUUUUUGAAGAAUUGUAAUAACCUUUAUGCUAAAAAAUUAUGUUAAUUUGAAAGGGUAUUCUUAAAUAUUAGAUAAAAUAAUACCAAAUAUGUUUGCCAAAUUCAAGCACUGGAUUUAUAACUUACCUAUGUUAAAUAACUUGGCCAAGUUAAAUAGGACAAUAUUAUAAAUCUUUAUAUUUAUUUUAUUUUUAAUUUUUUAGAUAAAAUUAACCUACAGACCUGUGAUUGACAACACACUGAAUGAAAAAGAAUGUUCAACAGUACCACCUAUGAUUCGAUCUUAUUAA